GGACUGACCGGGACCCACCGGGACCCACCGGAAUCCACCGAGUGGCGCCGCCAUGUGCGACGUGGCGGGUGACUGUGGUGGGUGCGGAACGGACGCGGAGACGCCGCGGCGCCGCCGCGCACCGGGAGACAGCCGCCCCCGGACCUGCAUGAAGUGCGGGCAGGGCACGGCCGCCCUCGUCAUCCGCGUCGGGGACCCGUUCUGCCGCGCCUGCUUCCGCGAGUACUUCGUGCACAAGUUCCGUGCCAUGCUGGGCAAGAACCGCGUCAUCUUCCCAGGAGAGAAGGUGCUGCUGGCAGUGUCAGGGGGCCCAGCCUCCAGCGCCAUGGUCCGGCAGGUGCAGGAGGGGCUCAGCAGGGAGGCAGCCAAGAGGCUCCGCUUCAUCCCCAGCCUCGUCUACGUUGAGGAGGGAGCCGUGCGCAGGCAGAGCCCGGAGCAGCGGGAGCAGACCCUGGCCCAGAUGGAGACCCUGCUGCAGGCCACCGGCUUCCCCUACCACGUGAUCCACCUGGAGGAGGCGCUGGAGCUGCCCCAGUCCAUCUUACAGCCGGGACCGGAGCGCACCAGCACAGUCAGCCCUUCCUACAAGGAGGCUGUGGACAGCUUCAUCCAGCAGCAGCGGCAGGACGGGGACGGUGGCACCUCUCAGCCUGGUCACAGCACCCAGGACAGGCCAGCAGGGCCCCCGGCCACCCCCCGCCUGCCGGACGCUGCCCGGAGCCGGGAGCUGCUGCGCGGCUUCGAGGCCGCGGGGACGGCGACGGCGCGGGAGGAGCUGCUGGAGAUGCUGCGGACCCACCUGAUCGUGCAGACGGCCCGGGACAGGGGCUACGCCAAGGUGAUGACGGGCGAGAGCCUCACGCGCGUGGCCGUCAAGCUCCUCACCAACCUCUCCCUGGGGCGUGGCGCCUUCCUCGCCGUGGACACGGGCUUCACGGACCAGCGCCACGGUGACGUGAUGGUGGUGAGACCCAUGCGGGACUACACGGCCAAGGAGAUCGCCUUCUACAACCUCUUCUUCAGCGUCCCCACCGUCACCGUGCCGCCCCUCUUCACCAAGCACCGGGAGAAGCCCAGCAUCCAUCAGCUGGUCGAACACUUCCUGCUGGGGCUGCAGGAGGAGUUCCCCUCCACCAUCAGCACCGUGUACCGGACAGGGGAGAAGCUGAGCCCAGAGCCGGCCAAGGCCAGCAGUGAGUCCCAGCGCUGCCUCCUCUGCCUCUGUGGCCUGGACAUCGAAGGGGAGGAGGAGUUGGCUCUGGAGCCCACGCUGAUCUUGGAGGAGCCAGCAGCAGGGGUGGAGAGCAAAGCUGCCUACAUCCCCCUGCUGUGCUACAGCUGCCGCCUCACCUUCAAGGAGCUGGGUCCCCUGGACACGCUGCCACCCUACGUGCGCGCCGAGGGCCAGCGCAGGCUCCGCAGAGCUGAGAUGGAGCAGAACCAGGAGAACCAGGAGUCCAGCAAGAGCUGAAGGGGUUGGGGACAGCGGGGGACACUCCUCCAUCCCACUGUGGCACUGCUGGGGCAGGUGCCACUCCUCAGGCAUACCCCAGAGGUUGGUGAGGACUCCUGGCACCCAGGCAGCUGCUUUUAUAGCCCCCUUCUGUCGCAGCCAAGGGCAGGGAGAGCCCCCACACCCCGUUUAUUGGGGGCUUGGGUGCAGGGCCCUGGUCCCCUCCACCUCCCUGCCCCAGCUGCCUGUCAGCCAGGGGGCCUCAAGUUUGUUUUAUUUGCUAUCUGUAUAAAUAAACCAUUUGAAUUAAUAAAAAAAAUAAAA